UACGGAUAACCUGGAGGAAUCUGCGCGCACCCGCCUCUUUCACGCUCUAAGCCACCCGUGGACAUCACAUCGCAGCCCCCUUUCACAGCCCCCACUCACUCCCGUAAGCCAAUCGCGCACCACGCUAUCAAGGCGAAACGGCGCGACCUCAACAGAAGCAAUGCUCGGCCGCCAGCUCCCGGGUAGACCCAAACAUGUUUGCCUCGACUUACAGCAUUAUACCCAGUCAGUGCCUGAAUUCUCCGCGCGCAGGACGCCCUUGGGGCCAUGAUCAAAGAGUCAUGAGCGUGCAUGGAAUCCACCCGGGUCUGGCCGGCGGCACGGCUGUGAACCCCUGGGCCAUACUACUUUUAUCUUGAUCCUUGGGAGGAGAUUGCCCUCUCACCACCUGUCUGCCACUAUUCGAUCCCUCACAUUCUGAAGUCUAGAGUCAAUAAGCUCGUUAUUCUUUUAGUAUGUGGACGGCGCCACCCGGCACCUGGCCGAAUCGGCCCCAUUGUGGGUGCUCCUGGAUCCGGGGCAUCGUGUAUAUUAUACGCUCGUCCUGUCGCGCUUCUUUUCCAGGGCUCCUUCUUCGAGGUGUUCGUCCAUGCUUUCAUUAGUCUUCCAAGGUGCCCCCGUCGCUCUUUUUACCAAAAGUACCAAAACAGUUCCAUCCGGACUCUGUGUUCCUUUCGUUAGCGGGUAGAACCUCGCCUCCUCUUUACCGAAUACUCGAAUACCAGUUGACGCUUUCUUGCGCUCACGUUCUCUUCGAAAACAUGAAGCUCCAAGUCGUGCUCUUCGCCAUCUCGGCUGUCUGCGUUUCCGCGGCCUGUCCCGCGGGAAAGAGACCAAAGCCCUCCCCUUCGGCGGCGCCAACCACUGCCUCGGACGCAGCAUUGAAGUCCGAAGCCCCGGUGGUUGCAGCAGUGGCGGCAGCCCCGUCCUCCGAUGAUUCGAAUACAUCAUCUUCUUCCAGUAGCCUGACCAAUGUCUUGAGCGCUGCGGCCGUCUCCGGCACUUCCACCUUCUACGGGGGAAACCUCAACGGGGGCGCGUGCUCCUUCACCACCAUGUCGGUAAUUCCGUCCGGGCUAUAUGGUACGGCGUUUCCCGGCUCCGCUUGGAACAAUGCCGCCAAGUGUGGUACUUGUCUCGAGGUGACAGGACCCAAUGGAAAGAUCAAGGUCAUGGUCGUUGAUAAAUGCCCAGAGUGUGAGCAAGGCCACCUCGAUCUCUUCCAGGACGGGUUCGCAAAGAUCGGCUCCAUCCCUGCGGGCAGGAUCGCUACAUCCUAUACCGAGAUACCUUGUGGCAUUUCUUCGCCCAUUGUCCUUCACAACAAGUCCGGCACUAGCGCGUACUGGUUCUCCAUGCAGGUCGUGAACUCCAACAUGCCUGUGUCCAAGCUCGAAGUCAGCACCGACGGCGGAAAGACGUGGCAGGCUACCACUCGAACAGACUAUAACUUCUUUGAGAAGUCCAGCGGGUUCGGCACGAGCACUGUGGAUGUCCGUGUUACCAGCACGUCUGGCAGCACUAUCACAGUGAGCAAGGUCUCGGUUGCGUCUGAUUCAAAGGCCACCGCGGCAUCGAACUUUGCUUGAGUCCGCCCCGAGGAACUGUCUUCCAAGAAGCAUGUGAUCAGAACCUCAUUAUGUAAAACAACCUUUUAUUUUUCUGUAUAUAUUUCAGGCCCAGGUGUUCGGCCCUGGGCGGUGGGUAGCAUGCAAGACCAACAAAUGGAAAAUUACAUAAGGUAGCAAAUGGAGUACAAACACUUAUCUCGGCAGUCGAGAGUCGUUGCCUCGCAGCGCUCAAUGAGUUCAAGAACCCACGUUAACUUCUGCGGUUGCUGUGAAUGCGUAGAUCCGAGGUAAUUAGUCAUUUCUUGUCAAAGGCGAGACACGAACGCGAGUGACGUGAUUCCACACCAUCGUCGUUAAUGAAGGCCACGAUGUGAUGACGGUUCCACUUUUGACAAUGCAAAGAAUCGAGAAAUCUAGAGGCCAUGUUGAGAGCGCUGUCAGUUGGAAAUGGCGGGCUCGCGUAGGAUCCAGCAACACCGCUGAGUUCAGAAGCCAGCCCGGCUUUCAUCUGGCCAUCCCAAAGGAGUGCCGUCAGAUAUCAUCUGUGCCUGAUGUGACUUGUGGCAGGGUCGAC